CAGUCGAAAGAAAUAUCCCAGUAUAUAUAUAAGUAUAUGAGUUAUCGGGGACUCAUCUGCCGCAAGUAUGUGCGGUCAAUUAUCCGAGCCAUGGCUAGGACAUCUUCGAUUAAGUCGAAUAUUUGGCAGGAAAGGCGGCGAAACGAACGACGUCGGCAUGGCAAGUGUCUUGCACUCGAAUGGAUUGGGGGCACGGGAUAACUUGCGCAGGUCCGAAGUAAGGGUCCUCCCCUGGCUUGGUCGUGGCAUUAAGAGUCUUGGCAAAGCACACCGACACUUUGUCUAGAAAAGAAUGGGAAUCACACGACAACACAAUGUCGUUCCAUCCAAGCGGCGCCGCUUGGAAGAUGGCGCGGACGUCGGACGUCUUGGCCUCGUGGCCGACAUGAUCCGCUACGAACGGGAGGCGUUCGCUGCUGACCUUGGUGCCGAGCGCGACCAUCUCGCGGAGGUAUUGCACUUGAUGCAUGCCACUGCACGUCCAGUCGAACGUCGGCGUAGAGCCCGUGUACCCCCCGUCCCACAUGUUACCCACGUCGGUGGCAAGGAGGAACGGCCAGUACUGCUGCAGCGUGUUCGCGCCACCCGCCGCGGCGAUGCUCGAUGGAAGGAACUCUCCGUAUUCGUACCGACAGAUUCCAGUUUGAGCCGUGCCGUCGGUGUACGUGGGUAUGAGCGUACUGGACACGAGCGACGUACGCAUGGAAGAAGUGGGAGAGGCGCAGAGCGCCACGUCGGUUGUCGUGCAUACGUGAGGCGCCCACACAGCCGUGUACACCCACAAGUCGUGAUCGCCAAAGCCAGAUCGAUCAAUCUGCGCAGCGUGCGUCGCCACAGCAACUGCCGAUACACCCAGCCACGUCGGUGCCUUCAUCUUGGAGAAAAAUAGUGUGAAUGUUCUGUUGGAAAAGCAAGAGUGAAAUUUCGAAACGGCG